CAUUUGUUUGACAAAUCGACAUCCACUGACAUUUCCUUGUGUAUUUUGUUUAUUAGAGGUAUUUAAUUGAGCCUUAAGUAUUUAUUUCUAUUAUAUAUUCCAAAUUAAAAUGUCCGUACCACCUCAAGCAUUUGUAAAUAAAAAUAAGAAGCAUUUUCUAGGAAUACCUGCGCCUUUAGGUUAUGUAGCUGGCGUUGGUAGAGGUGCUACAGGUUUCACAACAAGAUCUGAUAUUGGACCAGCUCGUGAUGCUAAUGAUGUUUCUGAUGACCGUCAUGCACCACCUGCAGCAAAACGUAAAAAAACAGAAGAGGAGGAUGAUGAUGAAGACUUGAAUGACUCUAAUUAUGAUGAAUUCUCAGGAUAUAGUGGAUCAUUGUUUUCUAAGGAUCCCUAUGAUAAAGAUGACGCUGAAGCAGAUGCAAUUUAUGAAUCAAUUGACAAACGUAUGGAUGAAAAGAGGAAAGAAUAUAGAGAAAAACGCUUAAAAGAAGAUCUUGAAAGAUAUCGUCAAGAAAGACCAAAAAUCCAACAGCAGUUUUCAGAUCUCAAACGCGAAUUAAAACAGGUAUCUGAAGAGGAAUGGUCUGCAAUUCCUGAAGUUGGUGAUGCUCGUAACAGAAAGCAACGUAAUCCGCGAGCUGAAAAAUUCACCCCUCUACCUGAUAGUGUACUCUCCAGAAACUUAGGAGGGGAGUCUUCAACAUCUAUAGACCCAGGAUCAGGACUAGCAUCCAUGAUGCCCGGCGUGAUGACUCCUGGAAUGUUGACGCCUUCAGGUGACUUGGAUCUAAGAAAGAUUGGACAAGCCAGGAACACACUAAUGACAGUUAAAUUGUCUCAAGUAUCUGACUCGGUGACGGGUCAAACAGUUGUUGAUCCCAAAGGCUACCUCACAGAUUUGCAGUCUAUGAUCCCUACAUAUGGAGGUGAUAUAAACGAUAUAAAGAAGGCUAGACUACUUUUGAAGUCAGUACGAGAAACAAAUCCGAAUCAUCCACCUGCUUGGAUAGCUAGUGCAAGAUUAGAAGAAGUUACAGGCAAAGUUCAAUCUGCCCGUAAUCUUAUAAUGAAAGGGUGCGAAGUGAAUCCUAGUAGUGAGGAAUUGUGGCUGGAGGCAGCGAGGUUACAACCUCGAGACACCGCCCGAGCCGUUAUUGCUCAUGCCGCUAGGAACUUGCCCCAUAGUGUGAGGAUAUGGGUGAAAGCUGCUGAUUUGGAGCAAGAAACAAAGGCGAAACGUCGUGUUUAUCGGAAAGCUCUAGAACACAUUCCCAAUUCAGUCCGUCUGUGGAAAGCAGCUGUAGAACUCGAGAAUCCAGAAGAUGCACGAAUUUUACUGUCCAGAGCGGUUGAGUGCUGCCCGACCAGUGUUGAAUUGUGGUUAGCACUAGCGAGACUCGAAACAUACGAAAACGCUAGGAAAGUGCUUAACAAAGCGCGCGAAAAUGUACCUACAGACAGACAGAUCUGGGUGACUGCUGCUAAGUUAGAGGAAGCUCAUGGUAACACACAUAUGGUUGAGAAGAUCAUAGACCGCGCUAUAACAUCACUCAGUGCUAAUGGCGUGGAAAUCAACCGCGAACAUUGGUUCAAAGAAGCUAUGGAAGCUGAGAAGUCUGGAGCUGUUCACACUUGCCAGGCUAUUAUUCGAGCAGUUAUCGGACAUGGAAUUGAACCUGAAGACCAGAAACAUACUUGGAUGGAAGAUGCUGAAGCUUGUGCAAAUGAAGGUGCAUACGAAUGCGCCCGCGCAGUUUAUGGCUACGCACUAUCUGUAUUCCCAUCCAAGAAGUCUAUAUGGCUGCGCGCAGCGUACCUUGAGAAGCAACAUGGCACCCGGGCUAGUUUGGAGGCUUUAUUGCAAAGAGCUGUCGCGCAUUGUCCAAAAUCAGAAGUGCUUUGGCUUAUGGGAGCUAAGUCUAAGUGGCUAGCAGGUGAUGUACCAGCAGCUCGAGGCAUCUUAUCGCUUGCUUUUCAAGCAAAUCCCAAUUCAGAGGAAAUUUGGUUAGCUGCUGUCAAGCUUGAGAGCGAAAAUAAAGAGUAUGAUCGAGCAAGGCGAUUACUAUCCAAAGCGCGAGCUUCUGCGCCUACUCCGCGGGUAAUGAUAAAAUCUGCAAAGCUGGAAUGGGCUUUAAAUAAUUUGGACGUAGCGUUAAAUUUGCUUGAAGAAGCAAUUAAAGUGUUUGGUGAUUAUGCCAAAUUACAUAUGAUGAAAGGUCAGAUCGAAGAACAAAUGGGAAAGGACGAAGACGCACAUAACACCUAUUUUCAGGGGCUGAAAAAAUGUGCUACAUGUGUGCCGAUGUGGAUUUUAUUAUCGAGACUGGAAGAGAAAUUGAAACAUGUUACCAAAGCAAGAUCAGUUUUAGAAAAAGCCAGGCUGAGGAAUCCUAAGAAUCCUGAACUAUGGCUAGAGAGCGUCAGACUAGAGAGGCGGAACGGUAGCACGGAGAUAGCAAACGCCGUAAUGGCGAAGGCGCUUCAAGAGUGCCCCAACGCUGGACGAUUGUGGGCUGAAGCAAUAUUUAUGGAGUCAAGACCUCAGAGAAAAACUAAGAGCGUGGACGCGCUGAAGAAGUGCGAGCACGACGCUCACGUGCUACUCGCCGUCUCGCAGCUCUUCUGGACCGAAUCCAAGAUCAACAAGUGUCGCGAGUGGUUCAACAGAACGGUAAAAAUCGACCCCGACCUCGGCGACGCGUGGGCAUACUUCUACAAAUUCGAGCUACUUCACGGCACGGAACAACAACAAGAGGAUGUGAAGACCCGGUGCAAGACGGCUGAGCCGCACCACGGCGAAUAUUGGUGCAAGGUUUCCAAAGAAAUCGCUAACUGGUGUUUCAGUACUGAACAAAUCCUGUUACUAGUCGCUAAACAGUUACCUGUCCCCACGUGAACGUAUUAUCUGAUGUAUGAUAAUGAAAUGUAUUUAUUAUACGGAAUGAGUAUAGAUUUCUAAAUAAUCUAUUUUUGUCAUUUUAAUAGAGUAUCUAUUAUCAUUUUUGUGGAAAGUGUAUAUUAUACUAUAUGAAUUGACAAGGUGUUAUAUAGUUAUUGAUUUUAUUUGUCAAGUAUCAAGUGACCGUUCAAGAAGGAGUUUUCCAUGUUUUGAUGUAAAGCGCGAACACUUCAUUGUUAAUUUAGAAUAA